AUGCCCAAGUAUGAAAAAUUCCUAAAGGAUGUUCUAACAAAGAAGGGAAAAGUCAAUGAGUUGGAAGUUGUGACGUUAACGCAGGAAUGCAAUGCGUUUAUCAAUAACAAAAUUCCUGAAAAACAGAAGGAUCCAGGAAGCUUUAUAGUCCCUUGUUCAAUUGGAGGGAUAGAUGUAGGCAAUGUGUUGUGCGACCUGGGAGCCAACACUAACCUUAUGCCCCUUUCAGUUUUCAAGAAGCUAGGAAUUGGUGAAGUGCAACACACUUCUAUGAUGCUUCAGCUCACUGACAGGAAAAUCAUGUCCUAG